GUUAAAUCAACAUUAAACUGACUCAUGGAGAAACCACUGAUCCCCGCAGCCUCAUGUGCAUUUAAUUUUCUCGCAGCUCUUCCCCCCUACCGGCGAUUACCCACGUGGGUCUCGUUAAUCUGACAGACUGCACAUGUUUACUGAUUUCUAUCAGAAUAUUCGUGCCUGUUGCUGUCCUGCCUUGCCAGCGGAGGAGAACACCCCUCUUAUCAUUUAAAGAAAUCAAAGGACACCACAUUUUAAAACGAUCCCAGAUGCAACAAGACUAGGCUUUAUGUGGAUAAGGAAGUAAACCAACAUUUGUUUCUCUUUCACUUGAUCCUGUACAGUCAGAGGAAGUAACUUUACCGGGAAUCAGACAAUGUAAGGAUUUGUUUCCAGCGCUUUCUUUCAGCCGACUGCAGAGAGUCACCCAAGCUUACCUCGGUGCGCACCGGAGGGGGGAGCAGAGUGGACGGCCAGAACCUGCAACUUUGCUGAAAUGAUGCUCAACUUUCCCCACCGUUCAUUGUUCCCAAUUGUCGCAGUAGCUGUUCUUACAGCUGUUAAAGUUGCUGAAAGUCAGAACGUUGCUAAGGACAUUGGGACAUCCUCCACCCCAUCUCCAAUUUAUCCCACCAUCAACUUUCAGGUCCUCAAUGUGGACCACGUGUUUCUGAGGCAGGACAGUCCAGAGCCAUCAGGGAACUCCAGCCUGAAGGCUCAGACUCAGACUUUUCUCAUCACUGGUCCAGGUGCUGGGCUCCUCGAGCCAGCUGUCAAUGCUUCAUAUGGCCCCCUGACUGUAGAUGCCCCGAUUCCUCCAGACCAGCUCCUCAGUAGGCGCACGAUCCUGCCAGUCAUUUUGGUCCACCAGGUUCGUUCCUCAUCCCCUGUUGUCAAGAUUCUCUUCAACAUGCCCACAAAAAGUGGUAUCACUGUUGGCCAAGAAAGGAUGGGGUCAGGAGAAGAUAAUGGGAGGAAAAGCGCUGGAGCCAUGGUAAAGGAUGGAGCUCACUGUGUGACGGCUUACGCCUUCUGGGAGACGAGGGAAGUUCGUGGGGCAUGCCUGGUGUCUCCAGGUGGAUUCUGUGUGGCACAUCUGAGGCCAGAACCCGCCUGGUUCAGCUCAGCCAGUCGAUCAGGCAGCUCUAGCAGGGAAGCAGGAACAACCGAAGGAAUUAAGAGGCUUCAGGGGAACCUUGUGGAGGUCUACUUCCAGAGUCGGAGGGAUCAAACAGGCCAGUGUACCCCACAGGAUAGCCUGCAACGUGUAGGAGUGGGAAGAGGAAGAGACUCUGGGGGAUCAGGGACACCGAUGAGGCGGAUAGGAAGUGUCAGUCUGCUCAGAACUCCACCAGGGAACCCCACCUUUUUUCGACUGAGGCUGGGGGGCGCCGUGGUGAUCCAGACCUCUUCCAAGCCCCUGAAGACCACUGACGUCGCAACUUUCUAUGUCUUCCUGGCUAGCACAUCUACCCUGGAAAAUUUCACUCUCAGGGCAACAGUAAAAACGGGCCUGUCAUUCAGUGCAGCGCGACCCAGUGACUCUGCGCUGUGGGACAUCGUAGUGGAGCCUGGCAGAGGAGCUACUCCCAACACUGUCUCUGUUGUCUGUCAGAGGAAGGUUGCUGUCACUGCAAAGAGGGGUCUUCUGGAAGUUUUACAACUGGACUUUGUGCCAAAAGAUGUAUCAGAGCAGGCUGAAAGUCAGACAAUCUCCUGGCGUCUGGAGUUACCGGGAAACGUCAGGGAUGUGGGCAUAAUGCGCAUCUAUACAACUCAGAGAGACUAUAUAGGGCUGGCACCUCUGGUCAUGAACACUGACAUCUUGAAUACUGCGGUGCUGACGGGUAAAAUGGUAUCUGUCCCUGUGAAGACUCUGGCUGUGGAGGCCGAUGGCUCAGUCACUGAUGUGUCCAACUACACCAGCUGUAGGUCUACAGAGGAGGAUGUACUCAAGGUAUCAGAGCGAUGUGAAUACAUCUAUGUAAACGGGAAGGAGACUAGAGGGAAGAGCAGGGUGAUGCUCAACUUCACUUAUGGUUUCCUGAGUGCUCAGCUGGAGAUGAGUGUAUGGAUGCCCCGCCUGCCCUUGCUAAUCAGUGUGGCUGACACAGAGCUCAGCCAGAUCAAAGGCUGGAGGGUCCCUGUUACUACAGGGAACAGGAGGUCGACAUGGGACAGUGAGGAAGAGGAGGAGAUGAGGAAGGGCAGGGGUUGCAUGCUGCAGUACCAGCACUCUACACUCAGGGUGCUAACACACUUCAUAUCCCAGGCUGACGCUGAGGUGCUGCCUGAUCCGCUAACUGGGGCAGAGCCUGUUGAGUACUUCCUGGGUCCUGAUUGGCAGGUGGAUGUGACCAAUCUUGUACGCUAUUCUCUAAAAGUGGCAGAUCCUGAUGUAGCCAGGGUGCAGGAUGGGGUGGUGCUGCAGGGGCGUGGUGUGGGCACCACUACUGUGCAGGUGCUGUCCCCUCUGACGUCAUCGAUCCUGGCUGAGAGGAGCAUCAGGGUGCUGGACGAUAAAGUGAGUGUGACAGAGCUGGGGGUGCAGUUAGUUUCUGGACUCUCUCUGUCCCUGCAGCUCAGCCCAGGCAGCAACAGGGCCAUCGUCGCCACGGCAACCACACGGGAGCUGAUCACACAGCUCAAACAGGAAGCAGUGGUCAGCUGCUGGGUUCAGUUCAGUGAUGGCGCAGUCGUUCCACUGGAGCUGUUUGACCGCAGUAUGUACUCUCUUACAGUCUCUACCCCAGAUGACGGGGUGGCCACAGUGCGCCGUACACCGCAGUCCACAUUUGUAGUAGCACAAGGUGAAGGAGAAGGCCAGGGGGCGCUAGUGAGAGUGGAGCUGAGGAUCUGUGAGGAAUGCCAGAAGUCCAAGAGGAAGAGCAAGUUGGCAGUGGGCACAGGGCUCCUCAGGAUCAACUUCCAGAAUAACAGCAGAGUCGUAGCAAGAGGAGGAGUUAGGAGUGGGGUUGGCACUGACGGAAAUAAAGAUUUUGAUGAUGGUGCCUCAGAAGUGCUGGGUGAGCUUAAAACGACAGUGACAUUGCAGCAUGCGGUAACAGAUAUGGAUAAAUGGUUGUUCAGAAGCACAGUACCUAGCCAGCUGGGGUCCACUCUGGCAGAAACUACCACCUCAACCACUUUUUCAACAAGAUAUAUGCAGCCACAUGUCGUUUGGAUUGGAACUACAACCAGAGCUACAAGAAGUACCACAUAUACUACCAUUCCCGAGACUGCCACUACAACUAUGAGCAAACCAAGCUUUAAUACACCACUGAGCACUGCCAGACCUAUAGACACAACAGUGGGUUCAGUUAGUAAAGAAGAAGGGCAGAAGAGAAGCUAUGGAAACAUGCUUGACAACCCCAAUCCACCCCUUACCAAAGACAUUCAUAAAAUAGAAAUAACACACAAGAAGGAGCCUCCUAAAUCUAAAACUCCAAAAGUAAUUGAGAGCGACCUCAUUAGGACAUUCAGAGCCAUGUCGGACUUGGAAAUCGGCAUGUAUGCCUUGGUGGGAGUCUCCUGUGUAGCUAUCUUGGCUUUUUUGCUCAACUGUGCUUCGUAUAAGCUCUGUUUCUGGAAUCAUAAGACCCCCAUACAGGCAGGCCUGGCACCCAGUGAGGACCCGAAGGAUCACAAGCACGACUGGGUGUGGCUGGGGAGCAACAAUCAUAGCACUUCCGCGGCAGGUGCCCCAGCUCAAGUGUCCACUCUAAAACGUGGGGCUCAUCGCCCUCUGGAGUCCCUUGAUUCCAUAGACUCCAUCGGCCACCGCCUGGAGAGCACCCUGCCCACUGUGAGCGCCCCUGCUGUCCCCGAAAGAACUGCCACCCUGGGCCGCAGCAGGACCAGCUCCCAGCAGCAGCAGUUUCAGGGAAAGGCAAUCGACCCCAUGGUGAACCGUUCAGCCACCCUGCUGGCCAGGCCACAUCGCAGCGAGCCGCUUCAUUCCCCCACCAGUAAGCGGAACCAGGUCCAGUUCACCACCUUCACCACGCUGGACAUCAAGCACUUGGCUGCACUGAAGAAGAAUGGUGUGGACUUAAACUGGGCCAACCAGCAUACGCAGCAGCACCAGGCCCCUGCUGAGCCCAAGACACCUUUACCUGACAUGCCAUGGCCUGUAGUCAAACCUCUAGGAGAGCCCCAGUGAGUUUGUUGGACUGUGUCUGUGUGUAUGCGUAUGGGUGAGUGUGUGUGUGUGUGUUUGUGUGUGUGUGUGUGUGUGUGUGAGAGAGAGAGAGAGAGAGUGAGCAAAAAAGUGAACAUACACAGCAAGUUCUGGUGUAGAAUGUCUAAAAGAAAAGAAGCUGGCUUUUGUUUUUUUGAUAAAAGAUAAGUCACUUUAGGUGAGGUAUUUAUUGAGAUUAGAUAAAAAGGACAGUUUAUACUGAAAAAGUGUGUGCUCAGCGAAAGCCUGUAAAUACAUUAUGUAAUGGUGUACCCAUGAAGGGCAACAUAAGAGAUACUGUGAUUAGCAUGUUUUUAUCCUCUAAAUGCAAGUUUCUUGUAUUUGAAAAAGACGUGCUCUCCAGAUCUGAUGUUGUAAAUAUACAUAUAUCUAUACUAUUAGUUAUUUCUACAUUUCUAACUCAAACAAAUGGAUUUUCAUCUCCUUUUACUUUUAUACAAUUCUGUUGCCCCUGUAGAAACGGCUCCAGAUAUUGCUAGCUGUCAGGGUAAAUGCAGUACGGGAGGGAUUAUUUCUUGUAAGUAAUUCUAUUCUUUUCCAGCCUUUUGUAUUUUUUUCUAGGAUUCCUCCAGAGAAUACCUGAAGAGUCUGUGAAAUUUGUCAGAGAAUAUGCAACAUUUAUCAAGUUAUUUUGAGCAAUCUGUCACUGUAGUCUUCACCGGAUAUUUAUUCAAAUCAAAUGCAUGCUAUGCAAAUAUAAGCUGUGCAGAGUUUGAAGUGGACAUUGUUUCUGAAUUUUUUUUAAACAAAGUUACCUUGGGCUUCAGGCUUCUCCUGGGGGCCUGGUUCUACAAUUUGUAAAAAUGUCUAAUCUCGGUCUGUUGACACAGAACAAUACAUAUUCAACUCUAAGUUUUUCAUGUGUGAAUGAAAAAUGAUGAUGCCUUUUCUGUGUAACAUCCUCCUAUUUUUAAACUAAAAUGUGAUGUGUAUUUCCUAUGAGAUCCUAUCAAUAAAGAACAAAUGGAUACA